AUUAUGUCAACAAAUGCGACUGAUUUGCGGCUUCUUAAUCAUCCUCGGCGUGUACUGAAUUCAGCAAUUAUCAGAUUCGAUCCCCAGCUUAGCAGAGAAAAUCAACGCCGCCGAUUAGCCCAGUCUGGACUCGAGGAUCAGGUUGACACGUACAAUUGGGGCGAGGCGGAGGUAGACAAUUAUGUUGAGGCAUACGACUGCAGGCCCCCUCCUAUCUUUAUUCCUCUUGUGACUCUAGUUGAGAUUGGUGUCUUCAUUUACUACGCGAUUAUUCUCGGCCGCGACAACGACCCAGAAAAUGACGUCACUAGCAGUUCAGGCUUAGAUCUUGACAGUCCGCUUGUCUUCGAUCCCCGUAAACGAUAUCAGGCAUGGCGUUUUGUCAGCUACAUGCUUAUGCACAAUGGAUAUGUCCAUCUAAUUUUCAACUGCAUCUUCCAACUUUGUCUUGGGCUCCUACUUGAGGUAGUGCACAAGUUUUGGCGUGUUGGUCUUGUUUAUCUUCUCGGUGUGAUCGCUGGUUCCCUCGCUUCAUCAGUUACUGAUCGCUAUACCUUCCUUGUUGGAGCAAGUGGUGGGGCCUAUGCUCUAAUUGGUGCCCAUAUUGCCACAGUUGUCAUGGUAAGCAACUCAUCUAGACAGGGUCUUAGCCUCCAUCUCCAGCUUGCUUUGAUAAUCACAACUACCUGA